GAGAAAAAAAAACCCAAGUUUUCAUCUUUCUUCAUCUCCUUCCCCUUCGAUUUCUCCUCCCCAAUUUCUUCCGAUUUUUCUAUAGAUUUGAUUCCAUUCUCCUACUUUCCUUGAAACCGUCCUCAAAAUCUUGUUUUUUUUUUCUUAUUUUUUGAGUAUUUGAUCGGAGAAAACGGGGAACAAAUGUGUGGAUAAGGGGAGUUCUGGCAGUGGUGGAGUAGGAGUUCGCAGAUGCAGCUGGGAUCGCUCGAUUUGGUGGAGUUCUAUUCUUGUUUGACCUCCGCUUCUGGUUUUUUGCCAUGAUCUGUUUCGUUUCGGAUGAUAGAUUGGGCCUUUUGUUGAAUUCUUGUGUUUUUGUUUCCUGAUUAUGGAUUAGGGUUCUCUGAUUUCUGUUUUUACGCUGCUUUCUCUGAAAUUUUCUGUGUUUUUGUUCAAAUUGGUGUUUUUGAUUCGUUUUAAGAAGCUCUUCACUCGGUUGUAGAGAUCUGAUCUGGAAAAUGGUUGCUUUUUCAACAAUCUCUGUUGGAAACGUGACGACUGUAACUUCUUAGCUUGUUUGUCAAAUUGGAAAUCCAAAAAUCAUACUUUUUUUAUUAUUAAUUUUUAUUUUUUGUCUGUUGAAAUGUGAUACUUGAUGAUCGGAUUUCGAUUUUUUAUUUUCAGAAAAGCAAACUUUUGCGAGUGGAAUUCCUUUUCUUGGAUGUGUUUUUCUCUCAUCCUGGAAUAUGCUUUCUUUUCUUAAUGGUUUUUUCUCAUUGGGUUGUGGAUCUUUGGUUUCCAAUCUCUCCCUUCUUUGGUUCACCUUCCCUUUUUUAUAUUCCAAUUGGCUUGCUUCCAAGUUUGUCAUCUUAGAGAUUGCCUCAAGCUCACACUUUGGUUGCUAUAGUCUUAUAUGAUUUAUUCUUAUAUGAAAGUUUUGCUUCUUCUUUUUAUUUUUCACCAUAUGAUCUGCUUGGAUGCUAAUUCUUCUUCUGUUAACUUAUAUGUUUUUCUCUUACAAAUGUGUUAUGUGAUUAUAAGCAUUAUGUGAUUACUUUCAGCAAUGCAAAAUGCAAUGAAUAUAGGUUUUAUGAUCAAUAUCAGCUGACUUGACUAGUACGUUGUCAAAACUACUUCACAGAAGAACACUUCUAACGAAUACUUUAUCACAAACUCUUUUCAUUGUACGCCCCGGGGCACUGCAAACGCAAGCAGUGCCCAAUGGAUGCCACUACUAGUGGAGCCACUCCUCCCAUUCAAUACCAUAACAUCAUAGACCAGCCCCUUUCCCUCAUCACCCCGUUGCAGCAAACGUUCCAACGCUUGCAACGCCAUUGCUUUGGCAAUUUGACUCCUGGUGAAUUCCCCUUGGCUGCAAACCCUUCCAUUGUUCUCCAUGUCCUUACUGCUUGUGAUUUGGAACCUGAGGAUCUAGCCCAUUUAGAGGCUACGUGCUCUUUUUUCAAGCAGCCUGCCAACUUUGCACCUGACUUUGAACUAUCCAUAGCAGAGCUUGCAGCAUUGGACAUGUGCCAAAAGAGAGCCAUCUUCAAACCCUUGUCACUUGAGGAAAGAGAUGUUUUAAAACAAAGGUGUGGGGGUUCUUGGAAACUUGUUCUAAGGUAUUUGCUGGCAGGUGAAGUUUGUUGCCGCCGAGAGAAGUCUCAGGCGAUUGCUGGCCCUGGACACAGCAUUGCUGUGACGUCCAAAGGGGCGGUAUAUACUUUUGGUUCCAAUAACUCUGGCCAGCUUGGCCAUGGCACCCUGGAAGAGGAAUGGAGGCCGCGUCUCAUCAGAUCACUGCAAGGCAUCAGGAUCAUUCAAGCAGCAGCUGGAGCUGGAAGGACAAUGCUGAUCAGUGAUGCCGGCCGGGUUUAUGCGUUCGGAAAAGAUUCCUUUGGAGAAGCUGAAUAUGGAAUGCAAGGAUCUAAGCUUGUGACAACACCACAGCCCGUAGAAUCAUUAAAAGACAUAUUUGUUGUUCAAGCAGCAAUCGGAAAUUUUUUUACCGCGGUUCUGUCUAGAGAGGGCAGGGUGUAUACUUUCUCUUGGGGAAGUGAUGCAACACUUGGCCAUCAAACUGAUUCAAAUGACUUGGAGCCUCAUCAACUCAUGGGCCCUCUCGAGCACAUUCCAGUGGUACAGAUUGCUGCUGGCUACUGCUAUUUGCUUGCAUUGACAUGCCAACCGAGUGGCAUGUCAGUGUAUUCUGUUGGCUGUGGGCUUGGGGGAAAGCUCGGACACGGUUCUAGGACAGAUGAAAGGUAUCCAAGGCUCAUCGAGCGGUUUCAGGCUUUGAACUUGCAGCCUGUGGUGGUUGCAGCAGGAGCUUGGCAUGCAGCUGUUGUGGGACGAGAUGGGAGGGUGUGUACCUGGGGAUGGGGUCGUUAUGGCUGCUUGGGCCACGGGAAUGAAGAGUGUGAGUCUGCCCCCAAAGUAGUGGAAUCUUUAAACAAGAUAAAGGCAGUCCAUGUUGCCACCGGCGAUUACACAACCUUUGUGGUCUCACAGGAUGGAGGUGUCUAUUCAUUUGGGUGCGGUGAAUCUUCUAGUUUGGGUCAUGCCACUGCCAUAGAUGGACAGGCAAAUCGGCAUGGGAAUGUGCUCAGCCCACAAUUAGUUACUUCACUGAAGCAAAUCAAAGAGAAGGUGGUGCAGAUCAGCCUCACCAACUCAAUAUACUGGAACGCGCACACAUUCGCUCUGACAGAUUCCGGCAACCUCUAUGCAUUCGGGGCUGGUGACAAGGGGCAGCUCGGCAUUGAACUCCUUGCCCAGCAGAGUGAAAGAGGUGACCCAGAGCGGGUUGACAUCGACCUCAGUUAGUUCUCCAAGUUGUACUAUCCAUUUCAUCAAUCACCAAACAAUGCUACUCUUCUCAUCCACCUUAUUAUUGUUCAUAGCUCUUUCUCA